UCUCUCUUUCCCUUGGGCCCGCGGCCCAACCCCAUGGCACCAGGCAGCCCCCAGCGGUAUUGCGACCUCUGCGUCAGUCGCGCUCAGUCCCUAGAUACAGGUGUGCCGGGGAAGCCCGGGGAAGGGAUGCGUGGCCAUCACCACACCCCGCCCCACGACGCGGUGGGACGCGCACCCUGACCCUCCCCAGAGCCGCGCCCAGGACCUUGCCUGGGCGGAAAAUGGCAGCCGUUGCCGGCAGGAGCGGCGAGCGAGAGGCAGGCCCCGGCCAGAGACACCGGGAACCAUCCCUAGGAGGGAGGGAGGCGGGGCGGGCUUGAGCCGAGCCUUCAAGCCCCUGGCGCAGACUCCAUUGACCUGUGAGACUUCGCUGAGAAAACUCAAAUUCAAAGGAACUGCCUCAUCCUCAUGUUUGGAUUCUGGAAUGUUGCUGGCAUAGUGCUGAUCAUCUCAGCACUGUGUAUUUGUUUUUGGUUUUCUGUGGGAAGGAAUGUAGCCAGCUUGCUUCUACACCACCAGUUUUGGACUGGAAGUCUCCAAGCUUUCUUGAUGCAGCUUUGGCAUGGCUCUGUUAGCGCUGAUGAGGCUGCCCGCACGGCUCCCUUCCACCUCGACCUCUGGUUCUACUUCACACUGCAGAACUGGGUUCUGGACUUCGGGCGUCCCAUUGCCAUGCUGGUAUUCCCUCUUGAAUGGUUUCCACUCAACAAGCCCAGUGUUGGGGACUACUUCCACAUGGCCUACAACGUCAUCACGCCCUUUCUCUUGCUCAAGCUCAUCGAGCGGUCCCCCCGCACCCUGCCACGCUCCAUCACCUAUGUGAGCAUCAUCAUCUUCAUCAUGGGUGCCAGCAUCCACCUGGUGGGCGACUCUGUCAACCACCGCCUGCUCUUCAGUGGCUACCAGCACCACCUGUCUGUCCGUGAGAACCCCAUCAUCAAGAAUCUCAAGCCGGAGACGCUGAUCGACUCCUUUGAGCUGCUCUACUAUUAUGAUGAGUACCUGGGUCACUGCAUGUGGUACAUCCCCUUCUUCCUCAUCCUCUUCAUGUACUUCAGCGGCUGCUUUACUGCCUCUAAAGCUGAGAGCUUGAUGCCAGGGCCUGCCCUGCUCCUGGUGGCGCCCAGUGGCCUGUACUACUGGUACCUGGUCACUGAGGGCCAGAUCUUCAUCCUCUUCAUCUUCACUUUCUUCGCCAUGCUGGCCCUCGUCCUGCACCAGAAGCGCAAGCGCCUCUUCCUGGACAGCAACGGCCUCUUCCUCUUCUCCUCCUUCGCACUGACCCUCUUGCUUGUGGCGCUCUGGGUCGCCUGGCUGUGGAAUGACCCUGUUCUCAGGAAGAAGUACCCGGGUGUCAUCUACGUCCCUGAGCCCUGGGCUUUCUACACCCUUCACAUCAGCAGUCAGCACUGAGUCUCUGGCACCAGGCUCUGGUGCUCUGCUGGGUGGGAGGUGGGCCAUAGAGGGUAUCUGAAUACAGGAGUGGGGGGGCUGUGGGUGUGUAACCAGAGACUGAGAGCAUGAGUGGAGUCUGCCUCGUGUGUGUGGAUU